UUUGUCCGUAAACUCUGCAAUGCUUCAUCAGUAGUCAAGCACUUUCCACCCCACACGUUUUUCCCUUUUUCUCUCCUCCUGGAAAAUCCCUCUGCUUUCCCACUCCUAUUCCUGCAUUUUCUCGCCAACCAAACACAUCUCUCCUGUAUUUUUCAUGAAAAAGUAAUCAAUACCCUAUUCAUAUUAUUCUCUACUUUCCUCUCUCUCUCUCUCUCUCUUUUUUCUUAGUUUAUUUCCUUCUACUCAGCUUUCUGAGUAAAGCAAAACCCCCAUUUUUUCUCACAGGUGAGAUUAUGGUGAAGAAGCAGAUGCUUUGUUGCUGGGGGUGGCUCAUAAUCUUCAAUCAUCUGCUACUAGCAGCUCUUGUUUGCUCCAAAAGCCAUGGACUCCUUGGUGAGAGUAGGAAAGAGUAGCAUCAUUGGUGACCUUGUCCCUGCCGGAAACCCUGCAAGUGAUCUUGUUGACAUUAUCAACAACAAUCGAACUGCUCACAAACUUCCAAAACUAAAUGACAGUUCAGGACUUGGGUGCAUUGCACUGCAAUAUGCUGAGUUAUGCAAGGGAAACUGCACUAGCAACAAUACUGUGAACUGCAAACCGUCUGAAGAUGACUUCACCGAAGUUUUUGCCCCCAAUUGUGGUGUGGAACUACCCACUUUCGACACCAUAACUGCCCACAUUGUGGGUUGUCAAUCCAAGUAUCUUGAGCCCUCACUGGCGUUUGGACAUGUUCUUGUUCGAGACAGCAAGGCUUUAUCAAUUCUGAGAAAUAAAUCACAUACUGAGGUGGGAGUAGGCAUGGUUCGGGCUCACAAGGGGCCAUUUUUUUGGUGUGUUCUCUUCAGCAGUGGGAAGACAAACUCCACAUUUGUGCUGGAAAAUCGCGGUGAAGGGAUCCGUCAAAAGAAAGGUUGCUACAGUGGAAGCAGCAUACCAUGCAGUGCAGGUCAAGGGAAUGAUUCCUCGCUGUUGAACAAUGUUACUAUCAUUGCUUUUCUAUGUGCUGUUUAUCUUUUGCAACAGUUGUACUUCAAUUAAUGAUUCAUUGUUACAACUCUGAUACAUUUCCCUAGAGAAUGCUCGAAAUUUUUUUUA